ACCCGCCGCCCCACCCCUCCCUCUCUGGGAGCAAGACUCGGGCCAGACACCCUCGCCCUCGGGUGCGGAGCUUGCUGAGGCUGAAGCAGGAGAAAGCCAUGCUCAUGGGAUUGCAGCACCUGCCGCCGGCCACCUGCUACCUGCUGGGGAUGCUGGUCACUGCCUGCCUCGGAUGGUCCAGCUGGGAUGAGCCAGGUUUCCAGGGGAGGCUCACCAACUCCAAUUCGCGAUGCCAGGGCCAGCUGGAGGUCUACUACAAGGACUUGUGGAGUACGGUAUGCAGCCAGAGCUGGGGCCAGAGCCCGGCUGUCUGGAGAGACGCCAGCCUGCCCUCCAAGGUCUGCCACCAGCUGCUCUGUGGGGAGGCUCUGCUCCUCGCCCCCAUCUCUUCCUUCAACAAACCCCGGAAACAGAUCAUCUGCUCUGGACAUGUGGGGUCCUUCUCCAAUUGCAGCUAUAGCAGGAUGAACUGCCACCCUCUGAGCCUGAUCUGCUUGGAGCCCCCAACGACAACACCUCCACCCACGAGUCCCCCACCCACGACCACUCCAGAGCCCACAGCUCCUCCCAGGGUGCAGCUGGUGGCUGGGCCUGGGCACCUGCAGUGUGCCGGCGUGGUGGAGUUCUACAGCGGCGGCCUGGGUGGUACCAUCAGCGAUGACACCAAGAAUGGGGACCACAGCCUAGAGAACCUCAUCUGUGCAGCCGUCCAGUGUGGCUCCUUCUUGGAGCAUCUGCCAGAGGCCGAGGCAGUCGGGACACAAGGCCCAGGAGAUCCCCAGGAGCCCAGGCCCUUGCCGAUCCUGUGGAGGGUCCAGAAUGCAAGCUGUACCUCCCUGGGGCAGUGCUUCCAGAAGAUCCAGCCACAGGAAGGCAGCCGCGCUCUUGCCCUCGUCUGCUCAGACUUCCAGCCCAAGGUGCAGAGCCGCCUGGUCGGGGGCAGUGGCGUGUGUGAAGGAGCCGUGGAGGUGCGCCAAGGCCUGCAGUGGGCAGCCCUGUGCGACAGCUCCGGGGCCAGGAGAAUGGAGCGGUGGAACGAGGUGUGCCAGGAGCAGCAGUGUGGCAAUGCCAGCUCCUACCGCCUGCUGGACACCAGCCAGAAGACCUCCCGGGGGCUUGCCUGUUCCCAGCAGAAGCUGUCCCGGUGCCACAAGCUACGGGAGAUAAAAUCCCACUGCAAGAGGGUGUUCGUCACAUGCCAGGAUCCAAACCCAGCAGGCCUGGCUGCGGGCACCGUGGCGAGCAUCAUUCUGGCCCUGGUGCUCCUGGUGGUGCUGCUGGUCCUGUGUGGCCCUCUCGCCUACAAGAAGCUGGUGAAGAAAUUCCGCCAGAAGAAGCAGCGCCAGUGGAUCGGCCCCACAGGAAUGAACCAGAACAUGUCUUUCCACCGCAACCACACGGCGACCGUCCGGUCCCAGGCUGAGAACCCCACAGCCUCCCAUGUGGAUAACGAGUACAGUCAGCCUCCCAGGAACUCCCAGGUAUCCGCGUACCCAGCUCUGGAAGGGGCCCUGCACCUCUCCUCCACCCAGCCUGACAACUCAUCCGACAGUGACUACGAUCUGCACGGGACUCAGAGACUCUGAGAGAGCUGGAACCAGGAACACAAAACCAGACCUCUUUGUCCUGAGAAAGCUCUGCAUCUGCCACUUGAGAACAAUGACCUGGUGUCUACCCCCGGCCAGAGCGUGGGCAGUGGUGGCAGGCCUGCCCCUACGUCCCCCACUGUACCCCAGCCUGGGAGAAGACCUGGCUGGCCCCUCCAAGUUUGGAAGCUAUGAAAGGACAGAUCCUGAAAACAAGCAUCCUGCCAAGGAGAAACUCAGGGGUGCUCAGAAGGGGAUCCCUUUCCCUGUCCCAUCUGCUGGAACGUCAGCUCACUCCUCCGACCCUGACCCCAAUGAGGAAUGGCAAGGAAGCUCACACCUCGGUGGGGUGAUUUCCCUAGUGUAUCUUUUAAUAUGUUCUUUGUAAAUAAUGCUCUAUUUCCUGAGAA